CCAAGAUGACGCUCUAGUUUUGCAUUGUAUCCAAUGUCCUGAUUCUAGUUAUCAGUCUGCAGUAUUCUCAGCGAGCGCAGUAACCAAAAUGCCUGAAAUUCUUGACGAAGAGUGGCACCCCGUGGGCGAGGACGACAAGGCUAUCAAAGACGCCUUUGGCAAAGUCUUGAUAGAAGGUCCGAACUCGUUUGUAAAGGGGGAACCAGAGUCUCCGUCUUUUAUCCUCAAGACAAAAGGAUAUUAUGAUCUCCAGCUGUAUGUCCUGGGGGGCAUCCGCUUCCCAGAUUCCGACAGGAAGUUUGAAAGUGUUUACCCCAAGAAGGGUGUGCAGGUGCUGGAAGACCUUGAUCCAGGAAUUCAUGAAUUCACUCGAGAUACGGUUGUUGCUAUUGCGCAACACUGCAAGGAGUUUGUUGACAAAGGACUUGGUCGGCUUACAACAUUGGCAAGUGGGACGAUCACAUAUGCCGAAGAGGCCAUGGGCCUGUUGAAGUUGGAAGGAGAAACAAGUUUCAAAGAUCAAAUUCCUGUCCUUCUUGAUCCAAGGUAUAAAACACAGCCGAAGGAUGAGGAGUUCAAAGAAGCUUUAGAAGGGGCAACGAUGGCCCUGAAUCGUCUGAGAUCGACAGCAAAAGAGAAACAGGAAGAUACACAGGAAGUUGUCACAUUACUGACUUCUUUUGUAGUCAAUACAAGCAAGGACAAGAAGGAGGCCGAAUUACUCCAACAACAAUUCCGCGAUGGACCUGUCAUAGAUCGUAUCACCAAGGAGAAAAGAAUCGAAAAGAACGGCCAACCAAUCAAGCCAUUCAGCAAGCUCUUGGAUGCGGAAAUCAUUCGCCUGCAGGAAGAAAUCGAAAGGGAAAUCGAGAGAGCCUCGUAUGAAAGAGAUGUGAUGUCGAAACAUGAACCCCAGCCAUUCGCCGCAGCCGAGGGGGAUAUCAUCGGCGUCAUUAUGGACGCGUACACAUACAACCUGGCUGAGAAGAAGUACAACGAAAUGCUGGAGCUUGAAAAGACACACACCAAAGAAAAGACUGAUGUGAGGCGUUACAUCACCAUGGUGAGAGCUUUGCUGCUACAUAUGGAGACGCUGGUGCCCCAGAUGGCCAAAGCUCUGGAGGCCGCAGAGGAACUACAAGAGCUGUUCGAGACCCAAGCGGACAACUUUGACAAACUUAGACUCAAGCUUGCGGGUAUACAGGAGGGGGUAGAUGCCCAAGGGCUGAAAUGGCGGAAGGCAUGGAUUACGACGAACAUUGACAAGUCCGUGCAAAAGCUUGAAGAGAUCAAGCAGGCCGCGUUGGCAUUUGACAGAACCGCCAAGAUCAAGGUGGUAGAGGUUGAACGAAGGCUUUCAAGGUUUCAAAGUCGGCCCUUGAACGGUUAUAAGUGACGAGGGACUAUGUAGUUGCGCCU